CUUUUCUUUUGGACCUUCUCCCCGUCAGGGCAGCCAUCCUGUAUGUGGAUGAGCUAGCCACUUCUGCGGGGCGAGAAUCGUUCUGCCGAUAUCAUGCAGAGCUACAAGAAGAUGGAGGAGGCUCAGCCUGAAGACGAGGAGGCGGGCCUGAUGAUGGACAACGGAACCCAGCCUGUGGGGGCAAAUGGCACACACCCGCGGCCGCCACACAUGGAAAUGGACAGGGCGCCGCUCUUCGGGCCCUUCGUCGUGGCAGGUGAGGUGCGGUCACAAAGGAGGAGGAGAGGAGCAAUGCAAGGAUGACCAUGUGUGCAUGCAGAUGCCUCCCUGGCCUCUGACAACGCCCCGCGCGAAGACUACAGCUGCGUGACGCGCUGCGUGACUGUCUCGCAGGCCUUAGCGUCCCUGAGUGGCGUGCUGGUGGGUAUUCUGGCGGUGUCGCUGCACCCUGAGCUCAUGCAGGUGAAUCCGUGGGUCUUCUGGUACAUCAUCGCCACCUUGCUGCUGGAGAUCCUGCUGCUGCUCGUGGCGGGGGUGUGUGUGCUGUGUCUGCGGGUGACCCUCGGCCGUCGCGCGGUGGUGUAUUCGGCGGCGGUGUGUGGGCUGUGGGUCAACUACAUCGGUGGCGUCAGCUCCUGGGUGAGUGCCGGCUUCGGCGUGUACAUCAUCGUCUACCACCUCAACACGCCCCUGCCUUUGCUGGCGGAGAUCUACCUGUGUCUGGAGGUGGGGCUCUCCCUCUUCCUCAGCGCCCAGUGCUGCGAGAUCGCCUCCAAGAUCGUGGGGUACCUCAUCCACAAGCUCGAGGCCAAGCUGUCCCGGCGGCCCGAGGUGACGUUCCAGUCGAUGGAGCUGCCCGUCUACUACACCAACCUGCGGCAGGUCGACCAAGCCCUCUCGUCGAUGGAGCACCCCACGAGGUCACCCAGACUGCCCAAGGGGGGCGAGGCGGGCACUAAGAGGGAGAGAGAAAGGGGUGGUGGCGUCGCUGCACCAGAGGCUGGUGGUAGUGCUGUGGCUGUGGCUGCUGAUGGUGCAGAGGGGAAAGGGGAACAGCCGAGUGUCUGAGGGGAGGGAGAGAGAGAAAGAGAGGAGGGCUGCAUGCCUGUGUGUCUAGAUGCAUGGGUUGGUGCUUUAUCAGUGAGUGCUUUAUUCUAUCAGUGACGACGUCUGCCGCAUGAAUGAGACGAACACACGGUCGCAAC